AUGUCUCUCGUCAAUCUUGCCGCCGUCUGCUCCCAUCUGAACAAUGCCACCAAGGCCCGCCUGGGUCUCACCUCCAUCCCCAACAGCAAUCUUCACUUGAAGCUCUGCCAGGCCCUGCAGAACUCGGGCUACAUCUCCUCCGUCGUCCGCGGAGGCCCGACUCCUCCCCCGACACACCCCAUCCUUGGCUUCCCGACCGCCACCGAAGAGGUGGAGCCCAUCACUCGCGAUAAUGUUGCGUCGAGACGUCUCUGGCUGGGUCUGAAGUACUGGCAGAACGAGUCUGUUUUGGGAAAGGUCAUCAUGAUCAGCAAACCGAAGCGACGGAUCACUCUUGAUGUCGAGUCUUUGCGGAAAAUCGUUCGCGGUGAUGAGGCCCACCAUGUUGCUGGUCUGCGGUCCCCCGGUGAGAGUCUCUACCUCUCUACAGAUAAGGGUAUCAUGGAGGCUCGCGAGUGUGUGGAGAAGAAGAUGGGAGGCUUGGUGCUUUGUCGCGUGCAAUAG